UUAUUUCGUCUAGAUUUAAUAUUCCAUACAUAUGCCUAUAGUUUUUGAAUUUUGAAUUUUACAUCUAGACUAGAUUAAGUAGAAAAGGGAUCAAUCAAGGCACACAAAGGACAAGGACAGGUUUCCCCUCUUGUGUAGUGUAUCCAAGCAAGCGAGCCCAACCAGCAGUCUCCGGUCCUCAGGCCAGGGCCAUGGGGGCUUCUGCUUCUGCUUCUGCUUCUGAUUUGAAAGCGCUGCUGCAGGUGAGCGGCGAGGAUGGCGCGCUGGUGGACGCGCUAGACCGGCGAGCCGCUGCCGCGCGGCGGGCGCCCCAAGCGGCGGCGGCGGCGGCGGCGGCGGCGGAGCCCAGCCCCAGCUUCUUCGAGGGGUUCGCGCUGCAGGGGAUCCGCGUUGACAGCAUCCACCCGGGCCGCAUCCUCUGCUCCUUCACCGUGCCCACUCGCCUCACCGCCGGCGGCGGCCACCUGGCCCCGGGCGCCGUGGUGGCCCUGGUGGACGAGAUCGGCUCCGCCGCCGCCGUGGCCGACGGCCACCACCUCAAGGUCUCCGUCGACAUGUCCGUCUCCUUCGUCGACCUCGCCGCCGCCGCGCCCGGGGACACCCUCCGCAUCUCCGCCAGGGCGCUCGGCCACAGGGGCGCCUACUCCGGCACGCACGUCCUCGUCGCCAACGCCGCCACGGGCAAGGUCGUCGCCGAGGGGAGGCACUCGCUCUUCGGCAAGAUGAAGAUCAGAAGCAACAUCUGAACCAAUCCAACCCAAUCCAAUCCAAUUCAUCCUUGCUGCAUUUCUGUGUUUACUACUUGUUAGACUUGGAUGUCCUGGAUGCGAGUGCUCUGUAUGUUUGGCUGCUGCCACUCUUCUAACUUGAGUAAAUAAACAGGUCUGUUUAUUUAUUUA